AUGAUAUCUGGAGAGAAUGAGGAUUUAGAAGUGAAUACAGCAGCUUCAACUACUCUUAAUAUUGAUUCUAAAGUUGAAAAUGAAUCAAUACAGCCUCAACAACCAAAGCAGCCUCAGCAAAAUUUGUCAAAGCUUGAAGCGCUCUCUAAGGAUGAUUUGAUUAAAUUGGUUAAGAAGCAGUUAUUAAAUCAGAAGGAGCUUAAACGACAAUUGGAGGCCAGUAAAAACGAGAGUGAAGCUAAUGCAAAUCAAGUAAAAGAAUUGGCCUCAAAAAUUGCCAUUUUUGAAGGCAAACAAGAUGGAACUUCAAUGCUUAUGGUUGAAUUGGAAGAUUAUAAGAAUUCUAGUGUUAAAAUGAAGAAAGACUUACAGGACUGCAAAGAAAAAUUGGCUGAAAAGGAAGCUCUGAUUGAGGUUUGUUUUUGUCGUUAUUUUUGUAAUUUUUGUUGA